AUGGCUCUCUCUCGUCCUGAUCUUCUCGCCCCUUACCUCUCCCUCGACCAGGGAGGCAAGAUUCAAGCCGAAUACGUCUGGAUCGACGGUGACAAUGGUCUUCGCUCCAAAACUACUACCCUACCCAAAGUCCCAAAGGACAUCAGUGAACUUCGCAUCUGGGAUUUUGAUGGCUCCUCGACCAAUCAGGCCCCUGGCCACGAUUCAGAUGUCUACCUUCGCCCUGCUGCCAUCUUCAGAGACCCAUUCCGUCGAGGGGACAAUAUUCUUGUUUUGGCCGAAACUUACAACAAUGAUGGCACCCCUAACGCCACAAAUCACAGGCACUUCGCCAAAAAAGUCAUGGAUCAAGCCAAGGAUACUAUCCCAUGGUUUGGCCUUGAGCAAGAAUAUACCCUUUUUGACGUCGACGAUCACCCACUUGGAUGGCCCAAAGGCGGUUUCCCAGGUCCCCAGGGACCUUAUUAUUGUGGUGUCGGUGCUGGCAAGGUGUUCGCUCGUGAUUUGAUCGAGGCCCAUUAUCGUGCUUGCCUCUACGCCGGUGUCAAGAUUAGUGGUAUCAAUGCCGAAGUGAUGCCGGCUCAGUGGGAAUUCCAAGUUGGUCCAUGCGAAGGCAUCGAGAUGGGUGACCAUCUUUGGAUCGCUCGGUUCCUCUUAGUUCGCAUCGCCGAGCAGUUCAAUGUUAAAGUCUCGUUCCACCCCAAGCCACUCCAGGGAGACUGGAAUGGUGCCGGUUGCCACACCAACUUCUCAACAAAGGCAAUGCGUGAGAAAGGCGGAAUCGCAGCUAUCGACGAAGCCAUCGAAAAGCUUUCCAAGAGGCAUCAUGAACAUAUUGCCGUAUACGGAGAUGACAACGAGCUUAGACUGAGCGGACGCCACGAGACUGCUCACAUUGGUGCGUUCAGCUCUGGUGUGGCGAACCGUGGCGCCAGUGUUCGUAUCCCCAGACAAGUUGCGGCUCAAGGAUUUGGCUACCUUGAGGAUAGACGACCUGCCUCAAACAUCGAUCCUUACCGCGUCACUGGUAUUAUUGUGGAGACGGUGUUGCUGUAG